AUGAGAGCACGCACUAAUCCAUGGUUUUCGGAAUUUUUAUUAAGAGUCGGUGAUGGAGAUGAAGAAGCGGUGGACGAAAGCUUUAUUCGCAUACCGGAUGACAUGACCAUUCCCUAUUCUGAUAAAGGUAAGUCAAAAGAUGCGCUGAUUGACGCAUUCUUUCCAUCUCUGCAAAUCAACGGAGCUGAUUCAGAUUAUAUCAUUUCGAGGGCAAUAUUGUCAACUAAAAACGAGAAUAUCGACGAGAUUAAUGAUCAGUUGAUCGACAAGUUUUCUGGAGAUGAAAAAAUAUACUACAGCUUCGACGAAGCAGAAGAUGAUAAGAACAACAUCUAUCCGAUGGAGUUCUUAAAUUCUUUAACUSUUAGUGGUUUGCCUCCUCAUUACCUUCGUCUCAAGAUUGGAUGCCCAAUAAUACUGUUACAAAAUAUCGAUCCCUCAAAUGGAUUGUGUAAUGGCAGUAGAUUGAUAUGCAGAGGCUUUCAACAGAACGUCAUCGAUGCAGAAAUAGCUGUUGGUCAGCAUGCUGGAAAGAGAGUAUUUCUUCCGAGAAUUYCCUUAUGUCCGUCCRAAGACAACAUGUUCCCGUUUAAGCUGAAGAGAAAACAGUUUCCAAUUCGGCUUAGCUUUUCUAUGACAAUCAAUAAAGCUCAAGGGCAAACAAUUCYRAAUGUAGGUGUUUAUCUACCAGAAUCAGUUUUCUCACAUGGGCAACUUUACGUGGCGUUGUCCAGAGGGAUAUCACGGGGGAAUACGAAGGUGUUAGUGAAGCMUGUUAAAAAAUUCAAUCGUGCCGGAGUCUACACCUCAAACGUCGUCUAUCAAGAAGUUUUACAAAAUAUUUACGGAUGA